AUGAACUCCUCAAAGGCUGAGGCAUCCAGCAGGGUGUACAUUAUCGGUUGCAAGUGCCCUGGCAGUUGCCCUAGGGAAUCCAGCAUGGACGAGUUUGGCCCUGAGGGGGCAGUGAAGGAAAUAUUCGCGUCGUGCUCCUUUACCAGCCUCGGCCUUCACUCCACAUUAUGUGACCAGCUUCGAGAAAGAUUGGGAUUCGAAGCUCCCACUCUUGUGCAGGCUGAAGCCAUUCCUGUUAUUCUCGCUGGUCGACACGUACUUGUUAAUGCAGCAACUGGGACUGGCAAGACGGUGGCGUAUUUAGCUCCCAUUAUUCAUCACUUGCAGAGUUACACUCCACGAAUUGAUCGUUCUUACGGAACUUUUGCAUUGGUACUUGUGCCCACACGAGAAUUAUGCCUGCAAGUUUUUGAGAUUUUGCACAAGUUACUGCAUCGUUUCCAUUGGAUUGUGCCAGGUUAUGUUAUGGGUGGUGAGAAUAGAUCAAAAGAGAAAGCCAGGUUGCGCAAAGGUAUAUCUAUUCUUGUUGCAACACCUGGACGCCUUCUGGAUCACUUAAAGCAUACAACAGCAUUCUUACAUACAAAUUUACGUUGGAUAAUCUUUGAUGAGGCAGAUAGAAUUCUGGAAUUAGGAUUUGGAAAAGAAAUUGAGGAGAUACUAGAUAUUUUGGGUUCGAGGAAUGAUGGGUUUGUUGGCAAGGAGAAGGAAGAUUCUAACUUUAAGAGGCAGAAUUUGCUAUUAUCAGCUACCUUAAACGAAAAAGUAAAUAAUCUUGCGAGAAUUAGUUUAGAAGAGCCAGUUAUGAUUGGUCUUGAUGACAAGAAGGUGCAACAAGAUGCAUCACAUGAACAGAGUGGAUCUCUGGGAUCUGUUGUGGACAAAGAACUUGAACAUCCGAGUGCAGUGAUGAGCUCUUCAAGUGGAGACUACAAUCUUCCAGCUCAGUUGGUUCAGAAAUAUGUAAAAGUUCCCUGUGGUUCACGGCUUGUGGUCCUUCUUUCCAUACUCAAGCAUCUUUUUGAAAGAGAAGCUUCCCAAAAGGUUGUGGUGUUCUUUUCAACAUGUGAUGCUGUGGAUUUUCACUAUUCUCUGUUGAGUAAAUUCCAGUGGUCACCCUAUACACAACAAGAUGCAGAAACCAAACAGCUAUUUUUGAGAUGCAAAACAUUCAGGUUACAUGGGAAUAUGAAGCAAGAAGAUAGAAGAACCACAUUUGGGGCCAUUAAAACAGAGAAGUUGGCACUGCUAUUGUCCACAGAUGUUGCCGCUAGAGGCCUGGAUUUUCUGAAAGUUAAAUGUAUUAUACAGUAUGAUUCUCCAGGGGAGGCUACUGAAUAUGUGCAUAGGGUUGGUAGAACCGCUCGGUUGGGUGAAAGAGGAGAUUCGUUGUUAUUUCUACAGCCAAUUGAAGUGGAUUAUCUGCAAGACCUGGAGAAACACGGUGUAUUAUUGACUGAGUAUCCUCUCCUCAAAGUGUUAGAUGGUUUUCCUUUGUAUGGUCAUGUACCUCGAGUGAAGAAAUUUGUUUCCACAGAGUCGCAUCCUUGGGUAUUAACUCUCCAAAAAGCACUUGAGUCGUUUGUCUCAGCUGAGCCAAAGAUGAAGAAACUAGCCCAGAAUGCUUUUUGCUCCUGGGUUCGUGCAUACACUGCCCAUCGUGGUGAGCUGAAAAGAAUGUUUAUGGUGAAGAAGCUUCAUUUAGGGCAUGUUGCUAAGAGCUUUGCAUUGAAAGAGCAACCCUCUUUGGUCGGGAAAUCAUUCCAGUCACAAUCAAAGAAAAGGAAGAGGGAUCAGAAACAGAAGGGACAACAGAAAAAAAGGAAGGUUUCCGGUAAAACAUAAUUGGCGAGUUGAUGGACAGAUUUUGAAAGUGCGACAUGACAUCUGUUGAUCAUCUUGAGCAGUUGCCGCAUGCGAAAAUACCUGGAUCAGAUUUGUUGUCUUUCACCAACGUUGUAUGAUCCGGUGGUGGUUGGCUGGGUCAUUUGGUUCUUUGCAAUGGAGAAAUUAUAUAUCUUAUAGGAAGAGGCUGUUCAGGCAGAGUUGUAACUGUAGAGUAUUAUUUACUUCUCACAGUGUAGCUUAUAUCAAAAUUUUGACAGAAACAUGAUUAUAAAUGGUAAAUUUGCUUUCUGAUUUUGGU